AGGUCAUGUAGCCAGCAUGACAAAGCCGCUUCUGGCAAACCAGAGCAGCACAUGGAAACGCCGUUUACCUUCCCGCUGUAGCGGUUCCUAUUUAUCUACUUGCAUUUUUACGUGCUUUCGAACUGCUAGGUUGGCAGGAGCUGGGACCAAGCAACGGGAGCUCACCCCGUCACAGGGAUUCGAACUGCCGACCUUCUGAUCAGCAAGCCCUAGGCUCAGUGGUUUAACCACAGCGCCACCUGGGUCCCAUUUACCUGAUACACAUUACAAUACCUGAUUUGUUUCCCCAUACCUCCAACCCCGCUCUCCCCACAGAGUUCCAAUGAAGCAGUUGUCUGCACAUGCACAAUGGCUGUCUGUGCAGAUCUCGGCUUCACCACAGCCUGCAUUUUCCAAUCAAAUGGGACACUGGUUUGAGGGAAAGCACUAGGAUUCCUCAAGUAGCUUUAGGAUAGUGUUGCAAACAUCUCUAUCGCUAAGCAGCGAGAGAUUUCACAGGUGCCAUUGGCUUACCCAAUGGAGACUGGUUUCUUUAGGAUAUAAGGUUUUAGUUACACAUAUAUACAACCUGAGCAUAGGAUGGAGGGACUCACACUCCAGCACAUCUUGCUUCCCCAUUAGGAAGAGUAUCCACACCCAGUUGUCUCUAUGACAACAUGACAAACUUCCAUCAUGCAGAAGGAGGGUGCUUAAGAGGGCCAGCUAGGUCAUCAGCUCAACGAAGAAACUGGUUUGAACAAUCCAGCAGUUCCUUCUACUACAUGCCCCAUCUUAUAGAUACAAAACUACCAGCUUGGUGGAGACCCAAAGGCGUAAUCCAAACCAACAUCCCAAUCCUACAAAAAUAGAUAUGAAUUGUGACUAAUGUCAUGGGUACCCUAUUCCAAACACCAAUGGUGGGAGCAUCCUGGAGCCCUGGUAAAUAAGGAUGUGCAUGCAGCCUCGGUCGCUUUCAAAAGUAAAAUAAUACAUAAUAUCAAUACCAAAUUAUACUGCAAUUGAAUAAGAGGCAGCUUGGUAUUCUGUUGGACAUACCAUCUACAGGUUUGAUUUCUGUACCCUUAAAAACGUGAACUGUCCCAAACAGCAAUGUUGUAUCUUGUCCAACACAUGCCGUUUGCAUGAGGAAGAUGACACUCCCCAAUAUGCUGCAGUAGCCACCUUGUUUUCCCUUGCAUUUUUUUGUUUCCCGAAAGAGCUACUGACCACUGCAGGCUACCCCUGCUUUUGAACGUCACACAUCAAGCAAAAGCAGAUUCCAUUCAUGGUGUAACUGAGAAGUGUGCAAAAAAGGUGGGUUGUUUUUUUUUUUACAUACUAAAGCAGUGUGAUUGGAUUAUAAGCAACGCUAUAUAAGAGGAGUUCAACUUGAGCAACACCACAUCCCCCUCCUCUCCCUUGCAGCCCCCUCAUGUGUCCCCAGACUCUGCUCUGGGGGGGGGUCCCCUCAAUGCUCUGGAUUUUGAGUUAGGGGUGCUGCAGGGGAGAGGAGAGGGAAGUUUUGUGCAAGUGGAAGUCUGCUGUGCAAGUGGAACAGCAGUGCUGGAGGCAACCUGUUCUUUGCAUUUGAAAACAUUUCUUUAUAUUAUUACGACAAUGUUGAGGUUAUAAUCAAAUAAGUGCAUUGUGGUUGAGUCUCGGAUUUAGCAAACAAUGUAUUUGGAGUGUUUUUUUUUGUUUUUUUUUUAAGAAACAAUAUGCCAAAGUACUCUCUGUUGAUUAACUAGUGGAGAAUUAUGCAUAUAUUUAAUGCUCAUGGAUUGAACUUUGUUAGAUAAUUAAAUAAGUUUAAAUUAGUUUGGAUUAUACCCAUUCUUGGCAAGCAAAGUGGCUUACAAAGUAACUUGAUAAAUUCCAGUGUUCAAAGUUCAGCAGUAGAGAUUUGCAUGCUACUAUUUCAAGACAUCCUUUUGAUGAGCACAGCUUCACAACUGGUAUUGUGUUAAUUUUUGAUGUUUCCUUUUCUCUUGAAAUAAUUGCUUCACAGAUAAUCAACCACAGAGAGGUUUUCUUGCAGUCAAGCGGUAUAUACGUUUUGUUAAAUAAAUAAAAUAAACAGGAAUGAGUUUAUGAGUGCUAUCAUACAAAUCUUGACAGUUUAAGGAUCAGGCUUUGUGAAGUUUGAUUUUAAGAGAUUCAGAAGAGACAGGCUUUGUGAAGUUUGAUUUUAAGAGAUUCAGAAGAGACAGGUUUACAUCUUUCUGACCAUGUUGGUGUUCCACCAAUUUUUUGUAUAUUGUAUGUCUUGCAUAUUGUAAUGUAUCACAAUGAAGGAAAAUAAUCCAGUAUUUUGUGGCAUGGUUUGUUUCUAUGCUUUUCAGAAAACUAGUUGUCUCCCAUCCUUUCGAAGAUCAUGCAAGAUCCCAAGUUGCCUCUCUUACUGAUCAAUGAAGUAGGUGGCACCCUUGGUGUCUUAGAAGCGCACGUGCCAUUUCUGAAGAAACACUUUCAACUUAUCACCAUGAAGGAAUUCCUCGAAAGCAAAGAAUACUAUCGUGCUAAAGUCAAAGCUAUUUACUCGUGGUGGCAUAAGCCAGUCAUUGACAGUGAGCUGCUGAAAAGUCUACCUAACUUAAAAGUGAUUUCAAGUGCAGGAGUGGGUACUGAUCACUUGGAUUUGAAGCUGAUCUCUGGGUUUGGAGUGAGAAUUGCCAACACCCCUCAUGCUGUCCACAGCACUACAGCAGAUAUUGGCAUGGCCCUGCUUCUGGCAGCUGCUAGAAGGCUCGUAGAAGGUUGCCAGAUUGCUGUUUCUCCUGACACAGACUAUUUCUCUAAUAACUGGUUAGGAGAGGAAGUCACUGGGGCAACUCUGGGUAUCAUUGGAAUGGGAAGCAUUGGGUAUAAAAUUGCUCAGAGAGCCAGAGCUUUUGAGAUGAAAAUUCUUUAUCAUAACAGGAACAGAAGGAAAGAAGAUGAAGAACAGGCUGUGGGUGCCUGCUAUUGUGGGGCAAUAGAAGACUUGCUCCAGCAGUCAGAUUUUGUGAUGCUGGUUGUAAAUCUGACACCUCGGACAUACAAGCUGAUUGGGGAAAAAGAGUUGCAGCUGAUGAAACCCACAGCUAGCCUUAUAAAUAUCUCUAGAGGGCAAGUUGUAGACCAAGAUAUGCUUGUGGAAGCUCUUCAGACUGGUGUCAUUAAAAGUGCCGCUAUGGAUGUCACUUAUCCUGAACCACUACCCAGAGAUCAUCCAUUACUAAACUUAAAAAAUGUUAUCAUAACACCACAUGUUGGUUGUAAAACACACAAAACUGCUUUUAUGAUGACAGAGGAAGCAGUAAGCAAUGUAUUGGCAGCUCUUAAUGGUCUCCCAAUGCCCAGUGAAGUGUUUCCUGACUAAACCUGCGGGCUGUCAUCUAACAUAGCAACAUGGAACUAUUCUACAUUUUUCUCUAGUGCAAGAAACAUAAUGACAGAUGUACAAAUUUAACCUGAAUCUCAUGCCUCAUGUAGCAGUGUUUGUUCUGGACUGAAGACACAAAACAAGCCCAUAGUAGAUUUCAUGUUUUGUUAUCUCCUCAUCAUAGUUAUAGCAGAUAUGUCCUUUGUUACCAUUUCACACAAUUAAAUUUUAAACAGUGC